AUGUCGUCCUGGCAGCUCCUCGACCCGGAGGAGGAAAACGAGAUUCACAAGUCGCGCCUAUUCAGCGUUGAAGAGCGGCCGUUCAAGCGCAUCACUAAGCGCCUCUCUACAAUCAAUGGCCUCGCCCAUUCCAAGAUCCGACAGACCGUCACACCGCCCCCCGACACCACAAACGCCAGCAAUGGUGAUCAAGCUCACCAAGGCGACGACGACGGUAGCAGCGGCGCUGACGCAGUCGACUUCACACAGCUGAAAGAAGACAUCACGUUCGACUUUGCGGCCUUCGACUACACCAUUGGCCGCCUGCAAUUCCUCCAGACUGCCAACGCCCAGCAGCGCGACAAGUACGCCGUUGAGCGCGGCGCCAUUCUCGACACAUGCGCGAAAGUCAAAGACAACACGGCUCAGCUGAGAGUCCAGCUUGCGGAGGCUCAGGCGACUCGAGCGCAGAGGCUUCAAUGGGACGCACUGGCCCGCAAGAUAAAUGACAACAAGGCUCUCCAGGAGAGGCCUAAGGCGACAGCAACGCUGGAAAAGCUGGAAGAGGAGUGCAGGCAGCUAGAGGCGGAGAGCGAGACAUAUGCUGUCACAUGGAGGGAAAGGAGGGAGCAAUUCAGUAGGAUCAUGGACGAGAGCAUGAGGUUGCGUCGGCUCAUCCGUGACGAGAAGGAAGAGGUUGAGCGGAGGGAGGGCAUGGACGAGGAUGGAAGCGGCGAAGGCGAAGGCGGUGCUGAUGGACACACGCCACGACCGGGCAGUGCGAGUGGUAAUGCGACACCACGGCCCGACGUUGCUGUGGCGUCGGCUGUGCCAAAGGGGCUCGGAGAGAACGGCGACUCGACACCACGGCCGAUGUCAGUGGGUGCACGAACGCCGAUGCGGGACAGUCCCGCCCCGGGUGCUAUGGACGGUCUCAAACCGAGGCCCGAAAUGUCUGGAAACCUGUCACAGGCUGGCAGUCGGUCGGGGAGCCGAGAGGCGUCACCUGCGAGAAGCGCCGAUCCCGAGGGACGCCAGCCGGAGGGCGAGGAUGUCGAGAUGGGCGACACACCUCGCGAUGAUAUCGCGUCAACCCCGCAGAUCACUAUCGAGGGCCAGAAUGUCGAGGACAAGAUGGACACGUCGUGA